CACAACAGCGGUAUGCAAACGAUACGAAAGAUAGACUCUGGGAGUUUAAUGGAACCUGCAAUCACUAAUACUGCCGCUGCAUUCAGCUGAAUCAAAACGAUGAUGAGAGCAGUUUUGGUCUUCAGUCUGUUGUUUGACGUGUGUAAUCAUGUUCAGGGCUGGGUUGUACAACCUAGCGCCUUCACAGUGUUCCGAAACAAACACACGUGGAAUGAAGCACGACAAAUCUGUGAACACAAUAACAACACACUUCUUACUAUACCAGAUAGUAACUACUGGACAUUCUGGAAGUUUGUCUUGAAUCCCGAAAAUGGAGCCCUUCACAGGGACAUUGACAACUCUAGGUACUGGUUUGGACUUCAUGCCCCAGACCCAAACAACAUGACGUCAUUGAGGUGGGCUGAUUGUGUUGAUCCUUCCUGGAUAGAGUGGAAAAGUGGUGGCCGUAAUUAUGUCCCAGACAAUCCAUGUUUAGCAUUCGAUGUUUUCUUUAAACCGUUCAGUACGAUUCUGCUCAAAAUCUGGUUGGCAGACUCGUGUUCCACGGAAAAUUUCUUCGUCUGUAGCGAGCCAUUGACGGUGAGAAAUGACACGUGUAUUGCGCAUGGCUGUGACGAGCACGUCCGUGUAGUCAGGGAUACCAGUGAAUGUACAGGCAUGUGCACCGAUAACUACCCAGAGUGCCGCACUAACUUUACAAAUAUAUCCGGUUUGGGGAUUUGUCAUGUAUUCCUGCAUGUAGCAAUCCAGCCGAACACCGCCUUCUAUCGAAUAUGUUUUCUAAGUGGACAUGAUGUCAUAAACACCUGUCCAGAUAAUAAUGGGUUCGGUGAUACAGGCAACAUUAUCAAUGUGGACCCAGAUCCUACCGACAUCUGUCUCACACAACAAAAACCAAGUAUUUCUACAGAUACAGCAAGUACCACUGAAAUUUCGACAACUGCAGUCUUACCGACGACAGGAGUAUCCCAAACGACAACUCCACAAAUGUGUGUGUGUGCUUGUAACACUGACAAUCAGCCGGAACUUACCAUUGAAGAGAAGGUUGAGAAACUCAAAAAGGACCUCACAGUAAAUAAGAAAAACACUUCUCUCCACAAACGGAAGUUUAUAAGUGCAAGUGAUGACAGGAUGUCUGCAACGGGUAUAGGAUCUUUUGGUGUAGGGAUGCUUGUUAUUGUCCUUCUCUCCAUCUUUAUAAUGGACAUAGGCACGCUAAAGUCAGACUUACAUAACAUGUACCACAAUGUUAGGAGUUGUUUCUGUAGAGACAAAGAGGCAAGUCACGUGCGCCAUGUGCGUCAUGUGGAUCCAACCGUGUCAGAAGUGAAAAUGUUUACGGCGUCAACUUGUCCAGUUGUUGUGAGUUCCGCUGCAUCCCCAGUUGCGGAAAAAAGAAAGAAGGGAGAUUUGACGUUAGCUAGAAAUGAUAUGUCAAUGCUAUCCAUACCUAUUGACAAUGAAUGUUCACUUUCGCCAUCAUGCUCAGGUUCGGUGUCGUCAGUGAUAUCAAGAAGUUCUUCAAACCGAACUGGGACAGAUCGAGGUUCUGAUAUCUCACCUAGCUAUCACAGCUCUUUGUCUAAACAGUCUUCAAAUACUUCGGGAAACGUUUCCAGAAACACUUCUAGAAAGUCAUCGGCAAGGUCUUCAGGAAUGUCAUCUGUGGGUGACAGCAAUAGACCUUGUGGUAGAGAUGUACAAUUGUGUAGGUUGUCGAAUGGCGACCGUGAGGAGGUUAUGCAUCCAAACAGAAUCAUGAGUACAGACCUUCGGAGUAGUAACACAACUCACAAAAACAACAGGAAGGAGCCACUGUGGCUACGAAUGGUUUGACUUGUGAAAGUCAAAAUCGAUGGGAUCGAUCUUGGGGAUAAACUACAUAUACGGUACUGAAAGACAUAUAUCAAGGUUUAUCAAAAGUGGAUUAUGUUUGAGAAAUUAUCUUUUCUAUGGAAAUGAUAUUUUGACAAAGGAUAACCAUGCAUCAUUUAAAUAUGACCACGCCUACUUGGUCAUAUGCAUAGUUUAAUCGUUUUCCAAUGAUCAACAGAACGACAUGUAUCGUUAACCAAUUCCGAUGUACUCGUGGUGAAAGCCAGUUGGACAGCAUCAUUGGUACUCACGCGUAGCUCCGAUAGAUUCCGUUGGAGCAUUUGCACAAUGAAUCUCGUAUUCAUGAAUUAUUCAUGAACCAAAUCCAGUAAUCUGAUUGGUUCCGUAGAAAAUGACAACGGAAAAUCUUACCAAUCAGAAACGUCGAUUAUAUGUUCUUUGGUUUGGUUAACAAGAUGUCGGAUAAUAAAUAAUGUCGACACAUGGGCGCAGCCAUCUUGGUAUAUCAUUUCUAUUUUCCAGAUGAAUAAAAGAUUCAUUAAUAAGACGCAUUUCGAUUGAUCGUUUAAGCCAGUUCCCCCUGUAGACAUGAAUUGUGGGGGCGACGACGGUUGAACAUGGACGGCUGGCCUCCCUCAUCAGAUCAAAGGAUAUUAAUCCAAGGGAUUAUCAUGUAAAUCUGUUCCUGGUGAUGUAAUGUGCUUGCGGAAAAAUCAAUGUGUAUUGUGUAAUAGUGAUUAUAAACUUUACAUUAAUAUAUACACGCGCUAUAUGCGUAAUCGAUCCGUAUAGCCAUUGUAGAUGUUGGACGUAUAUUAAAAUUCAUUAACGACUGAUUGAUGGUGAAAUUAAUGUUCUUCAGAUUUCGUGACAGUCUAACAUUUUAUUCAUGGGAACUUGCAUCAUUCACGCACACACUUGCUUAAUGUCGUCGGCGAAAUAUUGAGACACUUUCAAAAACUGUCUAAUUAUGCAAACUAUUGUAAAAUAUCUUCUGAAUAUACCUGUACUCGAUCUCGUCAUCAUAUGAAAAUCGAUGCAAAUUGUGAAUCUAUUGUUUAUAUCUAUUGUAAUAGUAUAAAGGAUUUGUGGACAAAAGUAAAAUGUAAUGGAUGUGGUUUUAGAUAAAUAUAUGUGAGAACACCGUCUAUCGAAUUGUUCUCAAUAACUCCAUUUUGUAGGAAAAUGAAAAUGUAUAAAUUCUAAGGUUGGUGUUGGUAAAAAAACUAAUUGGCAAUCAUAUACAAACGGUCUUUAGUCCUUCCCAAAAAGAAAAUGAUUGUUUACAUAAGCUCAAAUAUUCCCUACUGUAAAUACUAGUUUUCUUUCAUCAUCUAUAGUUUGCUUAUUCCAAAUGUGUUGAUUUAUUCUUCAUCAAACAUGUAAAUGAAUAUAACUCGUAUAACAUAAACUAGUACUUUGUUAUUUAUAGGACACCAUGUUUGUUCAUCUUCAGUUAUUGUGAAUAUUUCUCUCUCAUAAUAAGCCUGUGCAUAAAUACAUUUGUACAUAUCGCUUUUAUGGGGACCUAGCGAUACUAUUUGUCAAUAAUUUACUAAUGAUGAACAUAUUGUUUUAGAUACAUCUCAUAUUUUCACAAACAUUAAUAUCCCUUUAGCCCAAUUUGGUUAUGUUGCGGGAUGAGAAUCUACAUUCUCCAGGUACUUUGGUAUUAUCGUUUGUCAUUUUGUGGUAGCUUAUGUUAUUUUAUAGUAAUUACACCCUUCAAAAUUAGGAUUCGAAUUAUAUUUUGCGAAAGGGUUUGCAUGGCGGGUGUCGUUGCUGAAGACGGUAACUCUAAUGAAACACCUGGUCUUAUUUUCCUUAUAUAUUUUCAAGAGUUUCCAGCAAUCUAUAUUUUGUUGAUAUUUUGUCCUAUUUUUGUCGAUUUAAGAGUUAGAAUAACCUUUUCAUUCUUUAGUGUCAUUGUGCAAAAUUAAUGGAAUAUACCCAUUUUAAAUUUUAUCAGUGAUUUUCAUUAUUAUGAUAUGGUGCUUCUCGCUUUAAAUAGUAUCGAUUAGAUUUCGUGAUAAAUUACAUUGAUUGCCUACCCGAAAACGUCAUACUGUAAUACGAAUAUAAACGUAUAAUUUCAUGUGAAGAAUCAAUUAUGCAUUAUAUAUGUCUAUCGAUUAAAGCAUUGGAGUUUUGUCUCUAGCGAUGUUGUAUUUCGGAGAAUGUUAUUGGUUUUUGUUGCAAACGGUAUCAUGAUAAAACCAUAUUGUUUUUAACGAUGUGUUAAUCUUGAAAAAUGUUCGGUUUAAUGAUUGAUUUUGUACAUAUCUUGUUCAAUAAAAUGGAAAUAUGUCAACAGACAUUGGCAAAUACUUAACUCAAAUUGUUCUGUACUAUGUUUAUGUAGUGACAUCAAAUUACUUAUGUAAUAGGAAUUGUGCAAUAAACACUUGAAUUGAA